AUGACGAUAGACUCUCCGACGCCGAGUAUGACUGUACCUCAGCUGCCGGGUGCACGAACACCGCCUGCAGAACCGACGAUGGUGCCCUACAUGUUCCCGCGCAACAAGCUUAAAGUGUCGCAUGACUCAGGCGAACAAGGUUCCUCUUGUUCUUGUGGCCUGUGGGAGCUUUUCGCCCAUCACUACUCUGCACGCUUAAAGAUGUUCGAGAUGUCGAAAUGCAUGCAACACGGCACCGACACCGACUUCGAGAUAGUGGGCAAUUAUUUGUCGCCAGUUAGCGACUCUUACGCUAAGAAAGACCUCGCCCCAACGCAGCAACGUUUGGCCAUGUGCACUCUGGCAGUCGAGGAUACUGAUAUUCUGGGCAAGUGGCGCCAGUGUCCUAUACCGGGACUUGAUCCCUAUUCCUCUCGAGUACUUUAG